UUGGCUGUUGAUUUCUGCUGCAUGUUGUUGGCAGUACUGUAUUAACAUGAAAUACUGCGUAUUUCUAAUGAAAGAGUGACUCAAACGCCAUUUAUACGCUUCGGGAUUUUGACUGACAACCAGCGAUGUCUGCUAAGGUUUUAUCUGCAAGCACUCGAACUCUGAGGAGUUUAAAAACUCUACAGAACUUUUCUGCACGAACUAUAAGCUCUGGGGACGUGAAUUUAAAGGGUCGCAGUUUCCUCACACUGAAGGACUUUAAUUCAGAAGAGAUCAAGAGGCUGUUGUGGGUCUCAGGAGACCUCAAACACAGGAUCAAGACUGAGAAAACGUACCUUCCUCUUCUGCAAGGGAAGUCCAUUGCAAUGAUAUUUGAGAAGAGGAGCACCAGAACAAGAAUGUCCACAGAAACAGGGUUUGCUCUGCUGGGUGGUCAUCCCUGUUUCCUCACCUCUCAGGAUAUUCACCUGGGAGUGAACGAGAGCAGCAGAGACACGGCCAGAGUUCUGUCUGGAUUCUGUGAUGUUGUUCUGGCUCGAGUGUACAGCCACUCCACACUGGAGGAGCUGCAUAAAGACGCCUCCAUCCCCAUCAUCAACGGUCUGUCAGACCUCUACCACCCCAUACAGAUCCUGGCCGACUAUCUCACGUUACAAGAACAUUAUGGGUCACUCAGUGGAUUAACGUUAAGCUGGAUUGGAGAUGGCAACAACGUCCUUCACUCCUUCAUGAUGUCUGCUGCCAAACUGGGAGUUCAUCUCAAGAUUGCGACACCAAAGGGUUACGAGCCAGAGAAGAGUGUGAUCCAGGAGGCACGGAGACUCUCCAAGGAGCAUGGUACCGAGCUCCUUCUCACCUCUGACCCCAUGGAGGCAGCACACAGCAGCAAUGUUCUGGUCACUGACACGUGGGUCAGCAUGGGUCAGGAAGAGGAGAAGAAGAGCAGGCUUCAAGACUUUAAAGGUUAUCAGAUUACAAUGCAGACAGGAAGUGUAGCCAACCCAGACUGGACAUUUAUGCACUGUCUGCCCCGUAAAACAGAGGAGGUGGAUGAUGAGGUCUUCUACUCUCCUCGCUCCCUCGUUUUCCCCGAGGCCGAGAAUAGGAAGUGGACAAUCAUGGGUCUGGUGGUUUCUCUUCUUACAGAUUACACACCACAAAUCCCCAUGCUGAAGUUUUAACUGGUAUUUGUACCAUAUCUACUGUCUGUGCCGCGCACAAUCCCAGUGACAAGAACCGUUAGAGGCACAGACUCCGGCACAGAGAAAACAUUGAGGAAAUGUUCAUUUCAGCCAUAAUCAAAAUAAGACAAAUCUUCCUAAUUGCAUGCUGUGAUAUUUAAGUCUUAAGUUUCAUCUAUCCAGGUUUUUUGUCGCUUUCUAAACUGCUCAUUCGCUUUGGACCAAACAUCCAGGUUUUUAUGUUCCAUAAACACUAAGGAUCACACUAAGGUCACACUGAUCUCUAAAUGGAACAUUGGACUAUCCUGACACAGACAGAAAAAUAGUUGGUCUUUCUAAUUCUGUGUUUGGGUAGAAAAUCUGAAAACGUUCUCUACAGAGUUUAGUAUGAAGAACAUACAUUUCUGUUGGUUUGUUAGGGUGACAUGAGUGAGCCUGCCAUGUGAACUAAUUACAUUUUUGAACUUGUAACAAAACAUGUACAACUACCGACUUAAUAAAAACAUGUCUAAAAAUUA